UGCCUUCUUCUUCUUGGAACGAUCAUAAGCAUCAACAAGAACGUUGUUUAUUAUGGGUACUGAAAAUGAUGAAGAGGAAUAGAGGAUGAAGAAGAGGAGAUGAUAAUAACAUCAAAACUUCAACUUGUCUUAGCGGCGAAAUCGAGAAAACAACAGUACACUUCAUCGCCAGUGAUAAAUCAUCACGUGUCACUAUCACUCUUGUCUUCACCUGAUGACUUAUCACACUCUCGCGCUUCGGUUCCUUUCGCCUGGGAAGAAGAACCUGGCAAGCCUAAACAACAUACUCUUCUUCGAGUUCCUCCUAAAUACCCCAAGCGUCUUGAUUUGCCUCCGAGGCUGCUUCUUCCUCGUGAAGGUACUAAAACGCCUCUGGCUUGUGAUCAUCCUCGUUUUCCCGCAGCGUUGAAACGGUGGUUCCGGUUGAGGAAAGAUGGAGCUGAUGAUGAUAAUGACGUGGUGGGACAGUGCAGUUUAGUCGUUUCAUCGGAAAAUGAAAAUGAUAUGAAGAUCACAAGAACAACAAGUCGUCUCCAUUGUCUCUAUGAUGUCGCUAGGUGUUACUUAUGGGAAGUUCCAUGGAAGAAGAAGAAGUUGAAAAGAGAUGACAUUUGACGUACGGUUUAAGAGAUGAUUCGUUCAUACAUACAUUGUCAUUAGAUAAGUGUGAUACAUCGUUGGAUACUUGUCUAGUGAACCAAGUACUUAUAUGGGUUUUUACAGGCCUGACAACACUGCCCCUAUGAAAUUAAUAUCCAAUUCUGUGUUAAAACUUUUUCUUGAUCGAGCUGGAUUCGAAUGUAUGUUUGUUCAAUAGAUAGAUCACAUGGAAGAAGAUAGCAUGUUGCGAUAAAGUACCGUGGGCCAUAUGGAAUGGCCUAAUAAUGCAUAAUUAGUGGCUAGGAUCAUGUGAUUCUUUCAGAUGCGAUCAUCAUUACAUCAAAGCGGUCCAAUAAAUUACUUUCUCUGUAUAAGUUCGGUGGCUACGAUUCUUAAUACAUUUUCCUAUUCAAUGUACAAGUUGUACACACAUCUGAAUUGUUACGUUGAGCCUAGUUUGCUUCGACCUAGUGGUGGUAAACCAUAAGACGUGGUAGGUCGUUUAAGGAUGGAGUAAAACGGCAGGCGGGGUGUAGCUAGCAUCCACAAAACGACAUUGGGAAUUGAGAGUGAGAGAGAGAGAGAGUAUUGUGUGGGAGAGGGUGUUUGGUUGGGUUGGAAAGACAUGUGUCGACGUCAGUAAGAGAAAGGAUUUAAUCAAAGAAACAGUCCUUUAGAUUUAUAAAAAGCUAAUUAUUUCAAUCACGCCCUAAAACUAGGCCCCAGCCACUUCCUUUUUGUCGCUUCCUGUCGGUCCUUCUCUGAUUCUUCUCCGAUCCCUCAUCUUCUGAAUUAUAUGCAUUGAUAACCAAACUUUUUUUUUGAUCAAGAUAACCAAUUUUUUGUUUUGUUUUGUAUUAAGCAAUAUAACCAAUGCGUUUUUCUUUUGUCAUCAACCAAUGUGUUUUCUAUGAAGCAAUAUAGCCAAGAUUUUCAUAAGACUAGUUUUAUUUUCUCUAGCUAUUGAUUGAAAUCAAUAUGAAACCGCUUAAUUUAUGAUGCUCAAUUGUAACUAGUGUGAUUUAAUAAUUUUUGCAACCAUCAUUGACUACAAUAAAGCAGGUUGUAUAACUAUGGUUUAUUAACACGUGAUUUGAUAUUUUUAGAAUGAGUGCGGUAUUGUUUGUUUAAAAGUUUUUUUUUUUGAAAAAUUGUUUGUUUGAAAGUUUGUUCUGUGUUUCUUAUUGGCUUCGAUUUUCAGUUUAUGUGCUUUUUUACAAACUUUUAUUCUAAUUAUCAGAUUAGCGCGACAUUUUUUUUAUCGCUUUUACGAUUUAAGAAUAUGAUCAUGAUAACUUUAUUUGCCAUGUGUUAUACUAAAGAAAAACACUAG